AUGCCACCGCGGGCUCGACUUUUUGUUGGGCAGCUAAACUUUAACGCAACCGAAGAUGACAUAUAUGCACUUUUUGAUUUCUACGGUGAUGUGCUGCACGUUAAUAUACUUCGUGACAAGGACACACGAAAAAGCAAAGGCAGCGCCUUCGUGGAAUAUGGAAGCACGGUGGAAGCGGACUUCGCCAUCCUCGGACUUCACAACCGUUGCAACACGGGACACAGAAAACGACUUCAGGUGUCUUAUUGUAACAAGUCCGAGUUAAUAUCAGAUUUUGGAAGGGAUCAUGCCUCGAAGUUACACGACGAGAAUCCUGUGAACCCCGCCCCACCACAACGUGUGCAACGUUGA